CCUCUCCCUUGCGAGUCACACUUUCGCUGCGCCGACACAGCGACGCCGGACGAUGCAUCGCCACUCCCUCGGAUCGCCGGCCACCAAGCCCCAGCCGGCCGGUGGAGAAGGCGGCAGCGAUGAGAUCGAGCAGGAGAAGCGGAUUCGAUGGUGCCCGCGAGCAGAUAGAUCCAUCCACCUCAUCCCUUUGCUCACCCUCCUCUGCCUUCUCGUCCUCUACCUCAUCUCCCACAACCCUUCCCCAAAAGAUUUGGAGAUUUUCAGUGGCCGGGGCAGAGGCGCAGCCCUGGGAGAUGAACCCAAAGAGGUUUCGGCGGUAGUGCGGGCGUCGGCGGUCAUUAGCGACCGGGGUUUGAAGGCGGCGGAGGCGGUGGGAGGAAGAAGGAGCAGGGUCUUGCCGAAUCGGAAAAUGGGGGCCACACUCCCCCGCAGGAACCUAAGACUUCGAAAACCGGAGUAGCUGAACGCUGCGGUUUCCCCUUGAAGUCAGGAAGACGGAUGUUAAAGAUGUGAUGCUCUUGCCGACCUCCGGUGGACUUUGCUUUUGCCUGUAACACAAGCAGCGUCAGUGCCGAGUCAGGGAAGGAAUCCCCGAUGAUGACCUUCCGAUGCUCAAGUCAGUCUCCGGCGAAACAAUAAGAAGUAAAGAGAAUUGUAGCGCAAUAGUAGAAAUCGUGAGGAAAGCAUACCUCCGUCGAUGCCUGUACCCCUUUUAUAUAGGGCUCCUGUAGCGUGUGUGUACACUUCUUAAAGUGAGCACGCUAUCCCAAACUUUCUCUGAUGGGACAUGUCAGUAAAGUGUCUCUACAUAUAUCUGAAAUGACAGUGGAUGUUUCCACCGUACGAUUCUUUGUCUAACCAUGCCGCCUAUCAGCGGUACUAACUCUCAAAAGGAUGUUGAAGGAUAUCCCGCUGUACUUGUUGCUUGGUUGAGCGGAAUAGCCGCUCGGCUGAAAGUCCAUUGUCGCGCCGAGCGAGAGAGUCACUCGACUGAAAGUCCUCUGUUCGUGUCGUUUGCUGUCGGGCC